UUUCUGUUCACACUUCUGUCCUUAUUACACUUCUUUUACACUUUUGCUCCCAAUAUUUUUUUUUUACCUAUAAUUCUGAUCCCACCACACUUGUCUGGUCACACUCACGCUCCUCCACACUUUUGCUUUGCUUAUGUCACACUUUUUCUCCACACUUCCUCUUCUCCACAUUUCUGAUACACCUUACUGUUCACACUUCUUUUCCCAUCACACUUUUUCCUCCACACUUCCCCUGUACGUCUGCUUCCAUCAUUCUUUUUUAUCACUUCUGCUGUCCGACCAUUCUACACUAAAUACACUUUCUUAUUCACACUUACGCUUCUCUACACUUAGCCUUUUAUUCACAAUUCUAUUCCCUUCAUAUCCUUUCCUUCACACUCUCGCUUCUCUUAGUACACUUCAGUUUACACUUCUCCCAUCACACUUUCUCUUCACACUAACGCUUAUCCACAGUUCUGCUCUCAAUUCACACUCUAUUUGCACUUCUGUCACACUUUCAUUUUACACUUCGUUUCCCGACACUCACACUACACUUACUGUUCGCACUUCUGCUCUCGUCACACUUUUUUUUCUACUGACUUCCGCUUCAUCUCACUUCUUGCCCGUUCACACUCCGAACUCCAGUAUCCCUCACACUUUUUUACCCCCCCCCCCUCCCACUUCCACGUCCCUUACACUUCUCUGCUUCUAUCGCACUUUUUCCCGCACACUUAUCCUGUCCUUUUCCUUCACACUUCGUUUUCCCGACACUUCUGCUCUUAAUGCACUUUUAAUGCACACUUCCACUUCUCCACACUUCUGCUCUCCCCCUCACGUGCCUGGUCUUCCUUACUUCAUCAUCCCUCACACUUUUUAACCUCCCCCCCCCAUAUCUCUCCUCACAAUUCCCCCCCCCCCUCCCACUUCCACUUCCCUUACAAUUCACACUUCUGCUCCAACCACACCUUUUCUUGCACAUUUAUCCUGCCCUAAAUACACUUUCUAUUCCCACUUCUGGUCCCAAAUCACACUUCUUUUUCCCCCUUCACACUUCGUUUCCCCGACUUUUUGGCUCUUAAUGCAUUUUUUUCCCUUUCACACUUUUUCCUGCACACUUUCACUUCUCUGCACUUCUACCCUGCCCUUUCAC